AUGGAUUCAGAUUGGCAAGAGGUAUCUUUAGACUUCUUAGUAUUUCGUAAGAGGACAGGGCAGUUCACGCCGUAUUAUCUGAAAAAAUCGGGACUCUGCCUUUUCACUCAACGACUGACAUCCCUCAAAUACAAGGUCCGACAGAUACAGCUUUCUCCGCCAGAGCUCAACCAAUAUGCGCAUAUUAUCGCUACAAUUGCAUUCGACACUCAUCAAGAAUUGUUAUGGGUUGGAGAUGAUUAUGGACGUGUUAGUUCGUACUAUGCCUCGCAGCUGGAGAAGUACACUUCGCUGCAAGCUCAUCUAGUGAGCGAAGGUCAUGUCGAGCAGUUUUUGUUCAAUGAGAGGGGAAUCAUCUCUCUAGCUUCGCGAAGUGUGCAUUUUAUGAAUCGGCGGUGUUUGACCCAAUGGCAUAUCGAAGAAAAUGCUAUGCGGAAGCUUUGCUGCAUGAGUUUUCUUCGCAAAGACAGCCCGCUUAUCCUGGUCGCUGGAUGUCAGGGAACCAUGUACAAGAUCGAUGUGGAGAAGGGUCAGGUCGUUGAGGAGAUCCCUACAAAUGCAGAUUACACUAUGAUGAAGGUGUCCCGCUAUAUCUGCGCAGCAACAAGCACAGGCUCCGUUGACUUUCUGGAUCCAGGGACUCUUAAAGUGGUCAAGACAUGGCAAGCUCACUCCUCGAAAAUCAACAGCAUGGAUGUCAAAACGGACUACCUUUUAACAUGCGGCUGGUCUACGAAAUCAUACGGGGCUCCACAGCUUGAUCAUAUUGUGAAGAUCUUCGAUAUCAAAAAUUUGGAGGUGCUUGCGCCCAUUCCUUUUCCCGCUGGAGCCGCUUUUGUGCAGAUACACCCUAGGAUGUCAACAACCACUCUUAUCGCUUCACAGCAUGGGCAACUGAAUCUUGUAGACUUUAUGAACCCGGAUAACGCCGCCGUGCUACAUGUACAGCUCAUGAGCGUUGUGACCUCGAUGAUGAUCUCACCGUCUGGCAACGUCUGGGCGGUCGUGGACCAGGAUAAUGCUAUACACCUUUGGGGUUCUCCUGAGAAGCUACAAUUUACUGAAGUUCUCAACCCUACUGAAUUUGCGGACGACGUGGUGCAUGUACGUCCAAUGGGGCAACGGCCGAUGGGGGUGGAUGACGACUUUCCACUCAAUAUAAUAGGUAUGCCUUUCUAUCGCGAGAGGCUUCUGUCUGCCUGGGGCAAUGAACGAUGCCUUGAAGUUGGAAAGCCUCCUGCCGUGGUUGACCCAGACAUCGUCAAAAAUCUGCGACCGAAUCCUGGAGGCAUUGGCCAGAUCGCUCCAAACCCUCGAAAAUUAUUCAGAAACCAGGUUGAAGGAUUGAAAUCCGCAGACACCAAUGGUACAGUUUUUGCUGCACCGAAGUUGCUGAGUGAGAAGGCUCGUGACUCGAAGGUGACCCCCAGUAACGACAGUCCUACCAGUGGCGCCGCAGAAGCACUGCUUGAUACUGCGUUGUCAGACAACACCAAAGCGGACGUACCCAAUUACUACGCCAAUUUAACCAUCAAAUUCGGCCCUAGACUUGGAAUUGAGGAUUUUGAUUUCAAGUACUACAACAAGACCUGCUAUUCCGGGCUGACAAAUAACAACAUGAAUUCCUACCUAAACCCUUUGCUUCAAUUAUUUCGUUUCACCCCUGUCAUUCGCAACAUCGCCUUGCAUCAUGCCGCAGGAAGCUGUAUCCAGGAUUGCUGUAUGCUCUGCGAAAUAGGCUUCCUCUGUGAUAUGUUGGAAAGAUCACGCGGAAAAUGGUGUCAGGCUACGAACUUUCUUUUGGCCUACCGCAGUCUACCGGAAGCCGCCCAGCUCCAUAUUGUAGAGGAAAGCUCCCCGCAGAACACGUUGGACGUGAGGAUCUCAAUUGCCAACCGGUUCCUCUUGCAGCAGAUCUGUCGAGACUCUCGCAGAGCGGAUCUUUAUGAUUCCACUCUUGACCAGGCUUUUAUCACGAACGGUCUCCUUACUCUUCGCUGCCUCAACUGCAAUCAUGAGACCUUCCGCCAUGAUGCCUCACAUGUCACUACUCUGACCUACCCGGACUUAAAUGCUAUUGGCAGGAGUCGGGGUCCCUUCCCGAAGUUCUCGGACGUACUUAGCCUAGGCUUCCAGAAUGAAUCACAAACCAAAGGAUGGUGCCAACGAUGUCGACGAUAUGCACCGUUAGCUAGCCGACGAACAAUAACUGAUGUUUCGCCUAUUCUCAUGAUCAAUACAGGCUUAGACAAGAGCCCAAAGAACAAGCAGUUUUGGGCCAAACCCCAUUGGCUACCGCAAGAGAUAGGAAUCACCAUCGAAGGUGGGAACAUGAGGGUCCUCGAAGGCGAGAGUUUGCAACCCUUCCGAUACCACAGAUCCACCGUUGUCUUUGAGCUCGUGGGAUUAGUGGCCGACGUCACAAGCGCAGACCGACAAGAGUCCCAUCUCGUUUCGAUUGUCAACGUCACCGUAUCAGAAAGGAGUCCUCGAGAGAUCGGCAAUCAUUGGCAUCUUUUCAAUGACUUUCUAGUCAGGAAGGUCGGACAGGACGAAGCACUUGAGGUCACGCCAUGGAAGUCUCCCGUCAUUCUUACUUAUCAAGUACGACACGCCCGACACAACAUCGACGAUUCGUGGAAAGAUUCUCUCGACUUAAGCUGUCUGUACUACAAUGGCUCCUUGAAUAUCUUUAACAGCCGUGAAGCAUUUACACUGAAACCUGGUGUUGAGGUUCCAGAAUCAGGCACUCACGUUGCCAUCGACGCUGAAUUUGUAAUCUUAGUCCGCGAGGAGAUCGAGCUUACAGCCAACGGCAGCCGAGUCACCACCAAUCCUAAGCGCAACGGUCUCGGUCGUGUAUCAGCCCUCAGAGUCGGCGGAGAAGACGAAGGAAUCCCUUUCAUCGAUGAUUAUAUAACCAUCAACGAACCGAUCGUGGACUACGUCACUCAAUAUUCCGGCAUCGGAGAGGGGGACCUGGACCCGCGCCGCUCGAGGCAUGCGCUGGUGAGCCUCAAAGUCGCGUACAAGAAGCUUUGGCUGCUGCUCAAUCUCGGCUGCAUAUUCGUGGGACAUGGCUUAGGUAAAGACUUCCUUGAAGUCAACAUUCAUGUGCCCAAAGAGCAAAUCAUUGACACAGCCGACCUUUUCCUGCAACGAGACAACCCGCGCCGACUGAGACUGGCCAUGCUGGCCGAACUUUUGCUGCGAGAAGAGGUACAGAAGGGCAACCACGACAGCAUCGAGGAUGCACGCACUGCGCUGGGUCUAUGGCGCAAAUACCAAGAGUUCGAGGACGCUGGGAUCGUGGAGCAGAUUGUCAACAAAGCGUAUCGUGACGCGCGAAAGACGGGCUAUGUACCACGGUGGGAGUACGAGGCGGCUCUUGCUGGAAAGCAAGAGGGAAACGCUGGCGUGGGAGGGGGAAGCGCUGAUAUGAUACUGUUGGGUGGAAGAGUCAGCCCGGAGAUGGGGAUGGCGGCAGGGAGUGGCACCAGUGGAACAGUGACGCCUGCCCGGAGAGGACGGCAGGGUGGGGAGAGUGAGGGGAAUGGGUAUUUUGAGCGUCCAUUGAAGUGA